UUGGCCUCUUUUUUUUUUUUGGGAUAAAAUCAUCCUCUUUAUUUCACGGUCCUCCGGGGCAGGGCCUGCAGCAUCUCGAACAAAAAUGCUGAACAGUGUUCUAAAUACAGCGUGUUCAGUUUCUUCACCAUUACUAAGAUUAAGAGCUUCCUAUGACACCCAGCAGAGACUUUCUUACAAUCCCAACGCCCCAAGAAAACUCAAGAGCAACAACGCUAACGCCAACACUGACACAACUAAACCUUCGACACCAACUGUCACUAUAACUACCCGGAAAGACGUCUCAGUUUCUGACCUUCUCAAGCGUCCAGUUCAAGGAGGGGCGGCAAAGUUGGAUGAAUCUUAUUUGGGAUAUGAGGUGUGGCUGCCAAACCCACCAAAAGUGGAAAAACCUCGGUCGGUAUACAAUGCAGCUUCACUAGCAUAUAUUGGUGAUUGUAUAUACGAGCUAUAUGCUCGCAGGCACUUCAUGUUUCCUCCCCUGAGUAUUGAAGAAUAUAAUGACCGUGUAAUGGCAGUGGUAUGCUGUGAAGCACAAGAUGCGUUGCUUCAGAAACUUCUUGACGAUAAUUUCUUAUCAGCCGAAGAAAGGGAUGUUCUUCGCUGGGGAAAGAAUAUCAUCUCAGCCAAAACACGGACCAAAAAAAGAGCCGGUACGGCAGUUUACAACAGAGCAUCUUCGCUAGAAACACUAGUUGGUUAUCUGUACCUGACAAAUGUGAAUCGCUUGGAAGAAGUCAUGGGAAAGCUGGGAUUCUCAACUGGCUCUUCUACACAGACAAUCUUAGAGGAACUAAACAAAUAACAAGUUAGUCAUGCCUUUUCUAGUGGCUCAAUUGAAUAUGCAACUGUCGAGACGAGUUGCAUGAUCUCAACAAAGCAAAUAGAUAGGCAACAUGUACUGUGCCACAGUUAAGUUACGCAUGAAAAUCUUAUGAGAAGUUGUGGUGGUAUUGUGCACCUGUUUGCUCGAACUUCUUGCAUCUUGAAUUGUAUGGUUUUGGAUAUCUUCGGUAAUAGCAUUUUGCUGUUAAGAAAUUGUCCCAGGGCGAAUUCAUCUUUGCCAGCGCCUCAAGACUUAUAUUUGUUUUAAAAUUCAAUAUUAAAAUUCUCAGCUUCCCUUGUUA